AUGCCAUAAUUUAUUGACUAUCUAGUUGAAAUAGGAAUAAUCGUUAAUAAAUAUUCAAUCUCAAAGAAUAACAUUUUAUUUUCUCUCUCUGAUUAUUUAAAGAAUCUAUCAGCAUCUGAUUCUUUUGAUAUGUCAUUGAGAUUAUAUGAUAGUUGGAAAUUGUAAUAAACUAAAAAAAAGAAUCCUGGAAACUUAUUGACAAUUCUUAAUAAAAUAGCGCUUCGUUAACCUUUUAAAUUAAUGCAAUCAUAUUAAAAAAGAGCUAAAAUGCAAUUCAGCCCUAAUAAAGUUCGAAAUUCUUAAAAAUCUCAAAGUAACAAUUCAUAAUCAUAUCAAUCACCAAUUAAUAAAAAAGCUUUGAGUUAAAUGGGUUUAAAUGAUACAUGUGAAAGACUCUAUAUGGAAGGAAUUAUUUAGAAAGUGAAAAAGUAUAAUUAUAAUAACUGAAAUAGAGGAUAAUAUGAAUAAGAAAAAUAACAAUUAGAAUUAAAAGAAUGUACAUUCAAACCUUAAGUUAAUGUUGAAGGAAUAAAAAAGAAUGAUGUUGAAGUAUUUGAUCGACUCUAUCAAACUUAAUUAGUAAGUAAAAAUGAUUUUUCUGAAUUUAAACAAAAAUAGGAAAUUAGUUAAUGCACUUUUACACCAUCAAUUAAUAAAUAAGAAUAGAUUUCAAACUUUUAACCUUUUGAAAAUAAGUAAUUAAAAAUAAUAACUUAAACUUAGAUAAAUAGCUUAGCCAUAAAUUUUUGAUAGAUUAUUUUAAGAAUCAAUCUCAAGAAGUAAUUUAAAAUCAAGCUAUGCUCCUAUUCGAGAACAAAAGGAAUUACAAGAAUGUACAUUUAAACCUUAAAUUUCUCAUAGAUAAUUAAAUAGAAGCGGAGAUGAUAGUAUAUAUAAUUAAAUAUUAUUUAGUCUUUAAAAGAUUGCAUAAUGAAUCUGCUGAAAAACAAUAAAUUUAAGCUUUCUAAAGACUUGAUAAAGAAACCAAAGAGCUUGAAUAAUGUACAUUCAAACCAAAAAUUAAUACUACCUUAAAUUUAUCUCCUAAUUAAUAACCUGCUUUUGAUCGAUUAUAUAUGUUAUCAACCAAAUCAAAAAAAAAUCUUUUUGAUGAAAGUCAAUAAAAACCAAUAGUUAAUAAAACUAAAGAUUAAUCAUCAAUUUAAAAUAAUGAAUCUUUAUAUGAAAGAAUGAAAAGUCAUGUUGAUAAAAAGAAAAGAAAUAUUUAUCACAUAAAAAAAGAAGUUGAUAAAGAAUUGACAUUCAAACCAAAUAUCAAUAUGAGAUCAUAAAACAAUAUUUAAAGCAAAUAAAAUUAUAAGCCUUAAUCUAUGGUUUCUGUAUAGUCAGAACCAAAAUUAAAACCUUCUGCAAAUACUUUGUCGACAUAUGUAUAUAACACUAGAAAGUCUCAAUAGGAUAAAGAGAACAGUAAUUUGUCAAUGUAUUGUGAAACAGCAUAUUUUUAAGAGGAUCAAAAAUUAAAGUCCAAUAUUUUAGAUUUAAAAUUAUGA